GCCAGCCAGCCAGGAACACUCCCGGCCCGGCGGUCGUAGCGAGCAGACGUGUCCUCUCAGAGCUCCCCGCUCGCCGCUCCGCGCUCCACCGACGCGACGAAGUCGAUCGCGCACCGCGCUCGCGUGUUGAGUGUGUGUCAGUGUGUGCCUCCCGCCUUUGGAUUUACCUGUGGAUUUACCAUCGUCGCCCUGCGUCGCCCUGCGUGUCCAUGCGCGCCGGAGGAGCUGUCGUGCCAGACCUGAGCCCCACCGCCGCCACCGCCGCCACCAUGCCUCGCGCCUUCCUCAUCAAGAAGAACUACAGCAACUGCCCGCUCAAGAAGCGGCCGGUGCACAUCGACGACUUCCCAGAUGACGAGCCUGACGAAGUCGAGCCGGAGAACCUGAGCACCAAGCCCGAGGACCUCCGCGCCAAGACCCACGCGGCGCCGCCCAGCCCCGCGCUCAAGCUGCCCCUGGAGCCCCGGGACCUGAACGCGCCCUGCGAGCCGGUGCCCACACUGUACCCGCCGCCGCCGGCCGCCUGGGCGCACCACUACCCCUACCUGCCGUUCGCCUACCCGUACCCCGCGGAGGUGUACCACCACCCGCACUACCCCGCCGUGGCGCCGCUGUACCCGCCCGUGGCCGCCAGGUCGCCGCCGCUGCACCACCACCACCUGCCGCCGCUGUCGCCGACCUACCGCGACGGCGCCGUGUCUCCCCCCGCGCACGUGGGCUUCAGCGCGGCCUGCCUGCCCCGCACCGCGGCGCCCCCCGCCGGACUGUCGCCGACGUCGUCCACCUCCUCGCACCACUCGUCCGGCGGCUUCCAGAUCUACUCGCCGCCGCCCGCCACCCCCGAGGACCUGUCGUCGCCCGGCAGCGUGGCCUCGUCCGGGUCGCUGGGCAGCGCGGGCACCGGGCCCGGCCUGGUCGGCACCUCCCUGGGCGCCAAGAAGCACCGCGCCAACAGCUCCUCGUCGGGGUCCUCCUCCGUGACCACCUCGCCGCGCUACCAGUGCCCCGACUGCAACAAGAGCUACUCCACCUACUCGGGCCUCAGCAAGCACCAGCAGUUCCACUGCGUGCACAGCGAGACCUCCUCGGCGCAGAAGUCGUUCGCCUGCAAGCACUGCGACAAGGUGUACGUGUCGCUGGGCGCCCUCAAGAUGCACAUCAGGACGCACACGCUGCCCUGCAAGUGCCCGCUGUGCGGCAAGGCCUUCUCGCGGCCCUGGCUGCUGCAGGGACACAUCCGCACCCACACCGGCGAGAAGCCCUUCUCGUGCCAGCACUGCCGGCGCGCCUUCGCGGACCGCUCCAACCUGCGCGCCCACCUGCAGACGCACGCCGACAUCAAGAAGUACCAGUGCCCCGUGUGCAACAAGACCUUCUCCAGGAUGUCGCUGCUCACCAAGCACACGGACAGCGGCUGCCACUGAGAUUGAGAAAUUAAAGGCACCGCCUUGCUGCGCCUUGCACCGCCUUGUUCCGAUCGGCUGGCCGCGCUUCGCUGCGCAUCGACUGGGGCGGCGCCUUCUAUUUGUGAUUGGGUAUUGUUCUGGCUGCGCGGGGCGCGGGGCGGCGGGGCGUGCCCGUCGGCGCGGAUAUGUGUUAAAUUGACGGACAAAGGGACCAUCUCCUGCUUCCUACGCGCUGCGUCGCGUUGCGUUGCCCGGUGCGAGGCCGGGUCGUUCAAGACUGAUUUCUUUAUGUUCUUCUUGUUUUACUCUUUCGGCCCGUGGACUGGGACCCACUGUCCGACGCAGUACAAAGUUUGGCGGAGGCCGGCGACUGUUUUUAGUCUUUUUGUUGAACUGUUAUCAUGCGAUCUCGUGUACAAUGUGUUAUGCAAUCUGUUUGGAGCGUAUGAAUUUUUUUCCUAGUUUGACACUUAUGUCUCCUUUCUUUUCCAAAGACGUUAUUUUUUUGUGUUGAAAAUAAUAACUACCAGACGACUUUUAACUUAUGUUUAAGUUAUAUGUAUUUUUCCAGUAUUUUUUAAGUUUCUCUCUCAAUCUGAUGAUUUCGGUUGAGAGAUUUUAGAAAACCACCAUGCAAUGUCAUAUCAAGUCACCAUCAUGUACCCUUAUGUACAUAGGUUAGUGUGUGAAUACGAUUUUAUUACUUUAUGGAGUCCUGUAGGGGCACUCUGACCUCUACUGAUUGAAAGCUAGUCAUAUCUCGCGAGAGAGGAGGCGUUUCUCUCCUUUUAAAGAUUAAUUAAAUUAUAAUUUGUACAAAGUUGUUAUCUGUACAGUGCCUUAAGAGAUUCGUAGCGUGCAUGCGCGCUACAUAUAUUGUAAAGGUGUGUUUGUUAUAUUUAUGAAAAAAUCUUAAAUUAUAUUGAGAAUUACUUCGAA